GCCAAUCAAAUAGUCACUCCGUGGAAAAACUGGAUAAGUAAUUAGUUGCUCAACUACACAACAUUAAACAGCACAUAAAUCCAUCUUCAAAAAUCUCUGUGCUUAAAUUCCUGAACUUAAAUUUAAGGAGACAAAAAAACUUUUGACAGCACAAGUUUGACUUUGUGUAACUACUUCUGCCACAGCGCAGUCUGGGUCCUUACUCAGCAGAGUGAGAUGAAAAUAGAAGAGGCGGAUUUUCUCACCCCUUGUAGGCGGGGCUGCUGAAGCACCUUUGAAUGGGAAGGACAUAUUUAAAGAGGCACAGAUCACUGUUGAUGUCGAGACCGUUCAAAGUAUAAUUUAUGUCAGGUCUCUGGUCUUUCUGUCAAUUUACACCUAAUAUAUCAGCAUUUCAGCAAUGAUAUUCAAACCAUAUAUUGAAAACCCCUGUAAUUAUUUUUUAAUGCAUAAUAAACUAAACUUACUUCAAUUGGACUCUAAAGUUUGGGUUCUGAGCUUUAGAUAUUUGUAGAUUACCACUUGAAACUACAUGUGAGAAUGUGUAAGAACACUGUGGAAGAUCAAGACAAAUCUGUAACUGUAAACAGACAUUCAUGUGAAAAAUUAAAACAUUUGAUGACUUAUAAGAGCACAAAAGUAACUUUAGUGAUUCACACUAAAGUGAAAGAUGUUUAAUUUCCUCAGCAGUGAAUAAUAAAGGAUUUUGAGUUUGUUUAGUAGCUGUAGCUUUAUGAAAAUCUAAGUGUUUUUAAAGUGUAUUAAAUCAAUAAUGCUUUUUUGCCCUGUGAAUUAUUACAUAUACUGUUUGCUCUUAAAAUAAACUCUUUGAGAAUGAAAAAUCUAACAUAUUUAUAUAAUUUGUUCAGCAAUUUGAUCUUCACAAACUGAUGCUACUUCUCUGUUUUUUAAAGAUUCAAUGUAAUGUAUGCUAUUGUUCAUACCAUGACAUAUGGCCAUAAAGGACCUCAUCACAUGAAUCAGUCAUUGCCACAAAUAUCCUGAGCUUAUUUACCUACUUCUUAGUAAAAGUCAUAUCUGUAGAAUUCUCUGUGAUGUUUUAAAGCUUGAGUUAAUGACAGAGCUCACAUAAUUACUGGUAAAAUGUCUUUCUCAAAACCAUGUUAAGACAUAAAUAUGAUUUACAGUUAUACUCUGACAGCUGAAACACCUUGUAAAGUACCUGCAGAGCAGGUGAGACGAGAAAAGCCCCUGAAAAUUAAAUGCGGACUUUUUCCAUUGCUGGGUGUACGAGUGUAAGUAUGAGGAUGUGAUACUUUAAAAGUGAAACUGAAACAAAAACGGGCACUCACAGGGUGGCACAACCAAGUUUUAGACGGGCUUAAAGUUGUCAUGUUAGUGUAGAAUUGCAGAUAAAAUGGAUGAAUAUCCGUAUCCACUGUUUUUUGAAGCCCCUGACUUUACAGACAGAGAGAAGGAGAAAGUGAGGAGAUACUUUCAGAAAAGGCGAGACUCCGGGGGUGGCGACUGCGGAAGUCUUGAAAAACUUGGAGGAAACGUUUAUAAAAUCUGUUUCAAGGAAAAAGAAGAUCAAGAGAGAGUUUUGCAGAGGAAGUUUCACACCAUCACUCUUCCUAGUGGAGAAGUGCAGCUGACCGUGAGCCGGACAAGUUCACCACAGACCUCUGACCAGCCAUCGACAAGCCAAUCACUGAGCUCAACAAACCCAAACAUAAAAGGCCUUGAAAAGACUUUCAGGAUAGAUGUUUUCCUCCUGUUUUUCCUGAGAGACAACUCUAAAGCAUACAAAUUUUUUGAAAAACAACUGUCGUCAAUCGGCUGCACAGUGGAGCUAAAUUUCGAUGAAGAGGAGGUUUUGGUUAGAGGAGAGGUUGACAAGGGGCCAGGAGGAGGAUUUGGUGGUGCUGCAGAGAAAUGGGAGUGUCAGGUGGAUCAGGUCUUCAUCCAGCUCACCGAGACCUACCUCUGCUAUCAUGUGCUUGAGUCAAAACAAGUGAAAAUGGUACUGCAGGACCCGUCCUUUAAGACAGAUGAUAUCAAAGUUUACACAGAGAGUGGCUAUGCUGUGGUUGUGGGAGAGACUGAUGCCAUGAAGGAGAAGAUUGCAAUUCUGGAAAAAAGCCUACCCACCAAAAAGGAAGUGCCAAUUGUGGAGAAGAAGUUCAAGCUCAUAGAAGAAGAGUUCGAUCGAGAAAUGCGUGCUAAUUGUCCAGAUGUUACAAUCAUCAGAGGUACUGCCAUGAUCACUUUGGAGGGCCCUGACAAACAGGUGCAGUCAGGAGCUGCAAAACUGGAUGAACUGAUUAAGAACGUAAAGGAGAAGAGAGUUAAGUUCCCUACAGCUCUGCUAACCUUCAUGAAGACCAGUGAUGCCAUCCCAAAAUACCAAACUCGCUUCCAGCAGAGCCUCAGAAACCCUGUUUUCUUUGAGGUGGGUUCAGAUCUGGUUCUGUCCAGUUUGUCCUCUGAUGCUCUGAAUGAGGCUGAAGCAGCUGUAAUGAGAGACUUUAAAGUGAGCACUGUACAGCUGCAGGGUGCAAUAGAUCUUAACAGGUUGAAAGAAAUUCUGACGAAAGCCAAGAACGAGGCAAACAGUAGAGAGCUCAGAGUGGACGUCAGCUACAUGCCAGGCGCCAGUGGAACCUCAACGACCAAAGUCCGACUGGUGGGCUACAGUGAAGAUGUGGCCAAGCUCAAUGAAGUUGUUCAUGACUUCCAGAUGAAUCAAGUUUCAACUCAAGAAACCAUUAAUCUGGUUCAUCAUGACAUUGUCUACUGUUUUAAUAAAAUCCUAGACUUGAUUGGCGUGAAGCAGACCAAGGUGACCUUACAAGCCUCACAUUUUCCAAAUCCUUGUGUGUUUGUGUCUGGUCCUCGAUGUCAUGUUCAGGAGGCCAAGGAGACCCUAACAUCAACUCUAGACAGUCUGAUAGUAGACACUUUGACUCUAGAUGGACCAGGGGCUCAGCAGUACUUCCAGGAAGAGGGUAAAGUGACUAAGGAGCUGAUAGAGGGUUCCUGUCACGUCAUUAUCCGAGAUAAGCAAACUGCAGCCACCCCAAGUGUGCAAAGACCACGAAACACCAGCAGACUCAGCGAUACACCUAGAUCUCUCAGCUACAGCAGGAGCAUGUACAGCACAGUUGGAAACUCUGCAAUCAACAGAACAAACCUGAAGAUCAAACUCAGCAGUUUAGAAAAUGAACAGGCAGAUGUUCUGGUGGCCCCCAUGCUCAACAAACAGCUGACUUCUACAAAUAUUGGCAACAGUUUGUUGGCUAAAGCUGGGAAUGCAUUAAAGUUAAAGUUUGAUUCAGUCGUAGCCAGUUGUGCUAUCACCCCUGGUGAUGUUCAGCUGGUUGAUGCACCUCCAUCUCUGGGCUGCUCCAAGAUUUUCUUCAUUGAGUGCUUGCCUUGGGACGGAGUAAGAGGAAAGAGCGUUCAGGCUCUGGGUAACGGUCUGAAGAGGUGUCUGGAGCUUUGUGCACAGCUGAAUUUGGGUUCAGUGGCCAUUCCAAUCAUUGGGCCAGGUGUUAUUUUAAAAUACCCGCUGAGAGAAGCCAUUCAAGUGUUGACUGACAUCAUUCACCAGUUUGGAUUAUCUGCAUCCUCUGGCUCUCUUACAAACAUCCACAUUGUCAUUAAACCUGGCUACCCUGAUUCUGAGGCGUGCUAUCACGAUGUCUACAAACAGCUCAGCUUAAAUAUGAACCAGGGAGGCGAAGCAAUCUUCAGGUCCCUCACCAGCGACCUAGAUGACAUUGUCAUGAUACUGGGAAGAGGGGUUAAACUACAUGUGGUGUUUGGUGACAUCACUAAUGAGACUACAGAUGCUGUGGUGAACACAACCGACUUCCAAAAUUUUAACCUUGAUGGCGUAUGCAAAGACAUCUUAACUGUAGCUGGACCACAGGUGGAAACUGAACUGAAAGCAGCAAAAGUGGACCGAGGAGAAAUUUAUGUGACCCAGUCUGGAAACUUCCCCUGUAAAGCUAUUUUUCAUGUAUGUGGACAAAGGGAUGAAGCCCUUAUUGAACAACUUGUGUGUGAUAUCAUUUGUUAUUGUGAAUGGUAUAAAUACAGCUCUGUGGCAAUUCCGGCCAUCUGUGCUGGUGCUGGCGAGUUGGAUCCUGCUGUUGUGGCAGGAACUAUUCUUCAAGGGAUCAAGUCUUCUACAUCAUCAGUGAACAGCCUCACCGACAUCCGCCUUGUCUUGAUUAAGAUCGAUGUCUUCUUGGCUUUUAAAGAGGAAGCGAUGCAGAUGUAUUCCCCAGCUGUCAUCAACAGAGUGUCAUUUCAAGAACAACAACAGCAACAACAGCCUCCACCUACUGUGAGUGCAUACCUCAGCAGUCUCCAAAUCAGCUCUACAAGUCAGCAGUCUGUCUUCACGUUCCUGGGUCUUUCCAAAACGGACAUUUACGAUGCCAUGGAAAAGCUGAAGCAUCAAUAUCAGACGCAGUGCUCCAGUAAAAUCUUCUCAAAGGAGGAACUGGAUUUCCUCAGCCAGGAUGACAUGAUGGAGCUGAAAGAGGUGGUGGAGUCUGAAGGUUUAUUCAUGCAAACUGAUCAGUCUGGCACCCUAACAGUGAGCGGGCUAAAAGACGGGGUCACGCGGGUGAUGCAGAAAAUGAGUCAGUGUCAGUACGUGACUCUCACUAGAGAGGUGAGAGUCAGAGAGGAGGAAGAUGUAUACAACAGAGUGGUUUGGUGCAUCCUUGCAAAUAACUGUAACUGGGAAAGACUUCCCAAGUCAGCUAAUCACCAACUGGAAAAAAAAGAGUUAACAGAAGGAAUAACAGAUGCCCAGGGACUCAUUUGGGAGGUUGAUCUACAGACAAUGGUGGCCACACGACCACUGAGCAGACGGAGGACGAAGCUUAAACGACUUGAGAAUCUUCCGGACUUUACUUUCCCUCUGUACUGGGACCCCAUGGCUGCCAAUGAGACUAUGAAGGUGGUUUCACUGGAGCCUUCCUCUGCAGAGUAUCAGAGUGUGAAGGAGGCUUUCAAACGAACUGUCACCAAAACUGUGAUGAAGAUUGAGCGUUUGCAGAACGUUCACCUGCGGCGCGCCUAUGAAGCCCAGAAGAAGCACAUUUCUGAUAAGAAUGUGCAGGAGGGAGGAGCAGGGGAGAAACUUCUGUACCACGGGACAACCCGGGAAAACUGCCACUCCAUCAUGACAACUGGAUUCAACAGGAGUUUUGCUGGGCAAAAUGCAACUGCAUACGGUCACGGGACCUACUUUGCUGUAAAUGCCAGCUACUCAGCCCAAUCCACCUACUCUAAGCCAGCUGCUGAUGGUUCGCGGUUAAUGUUCGUCGCCCGAGUGCUCACCGGCGUCUUCACUCAGGGCAAAGGUUCGAUGAAGGUGCUUCCACUCCGAAACAACCAGCAGCCUCACAACCGCUUUGAUAGUGCAGUGGACAAAAUGGAUAACCCCAGCAUGUAUAUUGUGUUCCAUGACAACCAAGCGUACCCCGACUACCUCAUCACAUUUAAAGGAGAGUAAGGGAAAAGUGUUUUCUACUGUGGAAAAAUUAAGGUUUCUGAAAAAUCCAAAAAGAACAAUAUUAAAGUUAUAUUUCUAACUACAUAAAGAUUUAUGUAGUAACUGGAAGUGUGUGGAAAAGUUACAUUUGUAAAGGACCCAGAAACUUUAUCAUGGUUUACACUAAAUAUUAAGAAGGUUUUGCACACAAAACUAAUUUUCCCUGCUGGGUACCUAUGUGGGAGGUUUCUCUUACAAGAAGAUAAUGCACUUUUCAUUCUACAAGCAAUCAUAUUUAAUGCAAUCUUGAGUUUAUUUCUUCAGUGUUAAAUUAUAUCGCAUUUUAAUCUAGUUCUGAAAGCUGUAAGAAUUAUGCCAACAGAAGCUGCUUAUAUAUGAAGUAUAAGAAAUAUGAACAAAUAUGACAUGUAUGUACAUACAGACACUGAAGGCAUGUCACACAAUUAUGUGUUUUUAAUCUUUUAUUUGGCUGAUAUUUGUAUGUUACAUAUUCACAAGAUUUACUGUAUGAUUGUCUAGUUCUUGUACAAAGAAACAUAAGAGGAGGUGGGUGAUCAACUUUCAAAUAGAAACUGUGAAAUUUAAAUACCACAGUUUUUGUCUUGGUCAUAACAUUUUAUUUUGUUGUAUUUAUCCGCGACACCUUCGUGAAAAUAUUGUCUGACAUUAAACGUCCG